AAUUAAGGAAACGAGGGGAAGAGAGAUAAAAGAAAGACACAGUUAAAUAUAUAAGCUAAUAAACAAAUGGGAAUGAACUGUCUAUAAUAGCCUAAUUGCAUAUUUUGUCUUAAUUUUUCGCGCCAGUGGAGGGACUAACCUACAUCCGCUCAUCGCAUUGGUCUCCCAUUGGCUGUGUUCGUCCGCGCUGCGUCACGUCAUUGGACGGUGAUCUGUCUGGCUGUUCGCCCGUGACGUCACGCACUACUUUCAGCCGUCCGAAGAGCGACAACGAACGGAAGACCGAACCGUUUGCGCAACUUCAGUGCUGGUGGUUUAAAACACGCACUCCGUGGGGCGUAAAGAAGCUCGCUCGUGCAUCUUUGUCCGGUCCGUCGUGACUAAAUGAAUGUUUGAUUUCAGUACCAGCCCGAGGACAGCGCGCGCUAGCAUGCGUUGUUACUAUAGUAACACGUAACCCGUACUAUAGUAAAACGGUGUAAACGCGGGUGUGUUGCUGGGAUCAGAGCGGAAUGGCUCCGCGGUGGAUCCCGUUCUUCGCUUUACUGUGGGAGUUGCAGUGCUGCGUGUGCCGUGAGGUCACUCUUCCCGCCGGGCCGCUGUACCGGGUCGCAGGUUUCUCGCUGUCCCUUCCCUGCGCCGUCUCGGGAUACGAAGGCCCGCGGACGCAGGAUUUCGAGUGGUAUCUGUACCGGGAGGAUGCUGGGGGUCAGCAGAUCGGUGUGGUGUCCACGCGGGACACAGGCUUUCCGUACGCGCCGUUCCAGAGUCGUGUACAGGCCGGCGAGGUUCGGGUCGAGAGGGAUUCGGGAGACAAAGCCAGACUGAUCAUCCAGAGGCUGCGUCCAGACGAUCAGGGCCGUUACGAGUGCUACACGCCCAGCACCGACACCCGCUUCCUAGGGAACUACAGCUCAUCAGUGGUGGUCAAAGUGAUUCCCGACACGCUGCUUAUAACACACUCUCGCAUUCUGAGCGGCCAGCCCAUAAUCGAAGGCACGGAGCUUCAGCUGACGUGCGCCGCGUCCGUCCAAACAGAUCAGCACACUCACGUGUCCGUCACGUUCGGCGUGCGCGGCAGCAAGGGGGCGGAGUCUCUGGGACACAACCUCCGAGAGAUCAUCUCCAUCGACCGCGAGCUGCGUGUGACGCCGGGCCGCAGCGCCACCUACGGGAGGAGAUACGGAGACGGAGAGAUCGCUGUGGAGAAGCGCAGAGGGGACGGAGGCCGGGAUCAGUACGUGCUGAAGAUGAGCGCUCUGGCACCCGAGGAUUCUGGGUCGUAUUUCUGCGAGGCUGCGCAGUGGAUCAGAGAUCCGGAUGGCACAUGGGAACGCCUCGCACAGAGGACCAUGGAGCUCGGGAAUCUCACCGUUCAGCCGCUUGCGGAGACACUGAGCGUGCGCUCGCUCCCGGACGGUGACGUCUCUCUGCGGCCUGGCGCUCCGCUCCGCCUCCGCUGUCAGGUGUCCGGCGUGGGCGCGUGGAACGGCUCGGCGCUGCUGGUGCGGUGGAUGCGGCGCGGGCCGGCGGGGGGCGUGGAGGUGGAGGUGGUGCGUGUGGAUCCCGACGGUGUGGUGGCGUGGGGUGAUGAUCUCAGCAGGGCUGGAGGAGGCAGCAUGGAGAAGGAGGCGGACGGGAGCUUCUCUCUGCACCUGUUCUCCGUUCACCCCGCUGACGCCGGACUCUACCGGUGCGCCGUGAGCGUCUACGCCGGGAGGAGAACACCAGCGCCGGAGAGCCCAGCCACGAUCACACAGAGAUCAGAGUGGGUCACUGUCAGCCUGAAGACUGAAGAGGUGCGUGUAUCUGCUAGCAUUGCUUUGCCGCGUCGUCCGCUCCUGAAGCGCGGCAGCACCGUCACCCUGCUCUGUAACGUCUCUGUGCAAACCAGCGGAGCGUCACGCGUGGAGGUGCAGUGGCUUCAGCAGCCGGCUCUCUCUGAGCACAGCGGGCGCCUCCUCCUGGCGACUCUGAGCUACGACGGCCUGACGCACAUCUACAGCAACGGCAGCGAUCUGAGCGUGGACCGCGUGUCCGCCGGCGUCUUCAGGCUGAGGAUCUUCUCGGCCGCGGAGGAGGAUCAGGGACACUAUCAGUGCCGAGUCCAGGUGUGGGCGCAGGAUCCGCGCGGAGGGUGGUACAGCAGCGGCGCUACAGCCGAGUCUGUGACCGUACACCUGUACCUGUACACACGAGUCACUGAUCUGCUGCUCGUACCUCUCGUCAUCGGCGUGUCGUCGGCUCUGUUCGUGGGCGUCCUGAUUAUCUCCACCGUGACCUGCUGCUUCAUGAGCAGACUGGCUGGACAGCGCUCACGCACACGGAAGUAGGACGUGUGAAAGAGACUCUCAUGGAAAAACAUUCAGUUACAUACCAGAAAAAUGGGUUUUAAACAGGUUACUUGACGUAAUGUGCACUCAUAAUUGAGAAGGAAAUCAGAACGAUACUGUAAAUGUACAGGACCGUCACGUUAUAUUAAUCCAUGCACACAGAUUCACUUCAAGCUGUGACAUUGUGUUCUGUUUCUAUCCGCUCCACUCUGACCAAGCUGAAUAUCUCUCUGUGCGUUUGCUCAGAAUGACUGAAAGGACAUCACGUGGUGGAGAUAAACCCCUCGCUCUGGUUAAACUGAUAGAGAACUAGCAGAACCACUAAUAAUAAAUCCACAGAUGUCCAGCACUGAAAUCACUCGCUGCUAUAAAACCUGCUCGUAGUUCAGCGUAAGAUCAACAGAAUACAUGUUUGUAUGGCAUGCCAUAGUUUUUCAUCUUUUCACUGUUUGUGUUCAGAAUGAAAUGCACUGAAUAUCCGGCAGUUCCAGUCAAAUGAGAGCGAAUCCCGUUCAUAUAGUUAUUUUAUUCUUAUGUUCUACACUGCAAAUGGUGAAUUUCACAAAGAAAUGUCUGGGUCAAAUUUUACCACAAAAACAGA